UUUGCCACUAUAAACAGGCUGCGGCUGUGUCAGCGCGCCUGUGUCUGACAAUGAAGAAUUAGUUCCUCCUGUGAACGGAGAGCGGGAGGAAUACAAGGGAAGCAGCAAAAGCCACCGCCGCCGCCGGCACCGCCUGAAUGCGCGGCGUGGGAGGGGAAGAGGCGCGGCGCUGGGAAAUCCAGGAAAUCCAGAAGUGACUUGGCCCCAGGGUCCCCCCAGAAGGUGGUGCUCUGCGGGAGGGAGAGUGGUCUCCUUCCAGGCUGUAGACCAGGGAGGCGGGCCCUGCCGGGUGCGUGUGAGUCGGUGGCGGCCAGACGCGGUGGGACAACAGGAGAUGGUGCGCGACGCUUGUCCGCCGCCCAGCAGCACUCGGAGCGCGGCCGGCAGGGCCACCAUCGGCAGUCGCUGCGCCCGCCGCCUUGGAAAAAAAGCAGCUGCUAGUGUCAUCUCCCCACGCUAGCGGAGCACCCCUCGCAGAAUCGAGGCUAGUCGAAUGAAAGUCGGGAGGGCCAGGUGCAUCUCUCAUGCUCACAGUAAGUCAUGGCAGCCAAUGAUAAAGUAGCCAUUUUAACUGAUGAUGAAGAAGAGCAAAAGAGGAAAUACGUGCUUGCUGAUCCUUUCAAUGGAAUUUCCAAGGAGCAAGACCUCCAAACCCAAAGUGAUACACCUUCAACGGAGACCACCACCACCAUUCCAGAUGAGGAGCUGGAUUGGCUUGAAAGGCACUGUGUCAAAGUAAACAAUGAUCUUCUGAUCUCAAAAGUCUUUUAUUUUUUCUUUUAUGCUGCUUAUGGUUCCCUUUACCCUCUGCUGCCCAUAUAUUACAAACAGCUGGGCAUGACACCCAGCCAGAGCGGACUUCUGGUCGGUAUCAGGUACUUCAUUGAGUUCUGCAGUGCUCCUUUCUGGGGAGUGGUGGCUGAUCGCUUUAAAAAAGGAAAAGUUGUCCUCCUCUUCUCGCUUUUAUGUUGGGUGUUGUUUAAUUUGGGAAUCGGGUUUGUUAAACCAGCUACCUUAAGGUGUGUACCAAAGUUCCCAGUGCCAGUACCUCCUACCAAUGCCAGCCACAUCUCAACAACAACCCCACAAAAUGUCUCCAUUUCUUCCCCAAUACCUACUGUCAAGGCUACGUUGCCAGAGGGCCGAACAAAAAGAGACCUGCCUGCUUACAGCUUGCCAACUUUGAGCUCAACUUUACCUGUGAAUCCUCCUGAAAUUACAUUCCCUAUGACUAUGCAAAAUGCUUUAAAGGCUGAAGAGGGUGUUGUAACUGACAGUACUCCAAAAGGUAUUGUUACCGCGGGAUCAUUGGGAAAUAUAACCACUCUUACAGGGCUGCCUGCUGUCACCACAAAGGCAGUGUUUCCUGAUCAGGUCACUCUUGUCUAUGAUCAUCAGGAGGUAGAAGCAAUCUUUCUGCUCAUCCUUAUGGUCAUUAUUAUAGGAGAGUUUUUCAGUGCUUCAUCAGUUACUAUUGUGGACACUGUCACCCUGCAAUAUCUUGGAAAGCACCGGGACCGUUACGGGCUGCAGCGCAUGUGGGGUUCUCUGGGCUGGGGCCUGGCCAUGCUCUCUGUGGGAAUUGGCAUAGACUCUACCCGUAUAGAUGUAUUUAUUGAAGGUCAAGGCUGUAAAGCACCAGAUUACAAGAACUACAGGAUUGUUUUCAUAGUAUUUGGUGUGUUAAUGACUCUUUCUUUGAUUGUGGCAACCCAGUUCCGGUUCCAUUACAACCACUACAAGCAAGAUGAAAAUCAAAGCAAAGAGGGAGAUGUCUCCCAGGUGGAUAGAAGUUCCUCCACGGACUCCUCCAAUGAGGUCCCUAGCGACACAAGCCAAUCACAAUCUUUUAAUUUUUGGGACUUGAUAAAGUUGCUUUGCAGUAUCCAGUAUGGCUCUGUACUGUUUGUAGCUUGGUUUAUGGGCUUUGGAUAUGGAUUUGUAUUCACCUUUCUUUACUGGCACUUGGAGGAUCUGAAUGGCACCACUACCCUUUUUGGGGUCUGUUCCGUCUUGAGUCAUGUGUCUGAACUGACAGCAUAUUUCUUCAGCCACAAGUUGAUUGAGUUGAUUGGACACAUCAGAGUCCUGUAUAUCGGCCUUGCUUGCAACACGGCUCGGUAUAUUUACAUCUCCUAUCUGGAAAAUGCUUGGACUGUUUUGCCGAUGGAAGUACUUCAAGGUGUGACUCAUGCAGCCAUCUGGGCGGCUUGCAUUUCCUAUCUAAGUGCUGCUGUGCCUCCAGAAUUAAGAACUUCAGCUCAGGGUAUCCUGCAAGGUCUUCAUCUUGGCUUGGGCAGAGGAUGUGGAGCAAUGAUUGGAGGAGUGCUGGUCAACUAUUUUGGGGCUGCUUCAACAUUCAGAGGGAUAGGAAUGGCCUGUCUUGUGAUCCUCUUGCUUUUUGCUUUGCUCCAGUGGGUGGCAGUUCCUGAUGAAAAAGAAGAAAAAACAAUGCUGGCAGAAAGGAUCCCAGUGCCUUCCAGUCCUGUGCCCAUAGCCACCAUUGAUCUUGUACAGCAACAGACUGAAGAUAUCAUGCCCCGACCUGAGCCCAGGCUUCCUCCCAAGAAAACAAAGCACCAAGAAGAACAGGAAGAUGUGAACAAACCUGCCUGGGGAAUCAGUUCUUCUCCAUGGGUUACUCUAGCCUAUGCUCUCUACCAGAUAAAGGAGAUGGUUCAGCUCUCCAAAAGCAAUCAGGCGCUUGAGAACCAGCCUUUGCAGAAUGCCAGCAAUAGUCAUGACUCUGCACCAGGCAGCCCCCUGAAUCAAAGGAACAGUGAUGAAUCUGUGGAGCCUUCAGUACCUACAGCAGCUCCUGAAGCCCAUCCCAGCCCAGGCUGCCCUAUGCCAGACCCAGAUCUUUCAAUUAGCAGUGCUCAGCCUCCUGAGGCAGGGCGCGAAUAAGACUUCGCUGUAUUUCAUCUUGCUGCAUUGGAUCCUGCUCUUUGGGGAGUGAGAGAGAGGCUGAAACAAGAGCUUGAAACUGCAGCUCCUUUCAUCUUGGUGAUGGUAACCUGAUGCAGCACACACUUUUCAAAUAUUCAAGGCCUUUUCUGUGUCAAAACCCAAUGGGCCUAUUGCAGUAAGGACUAAAGCCUAGAAAGGGUAGGCCAGAAGAGGCUGGGUUCAAAAUAACUUGCAAAGGAGUUCAAUAUUCCACACAACCCCCCCUUUUUU